AUGGCAUACUCCAAAUACUCCUCCGACCGCGCUCCCGGACGAGAGCACAUCCCUCUCUACCCCAAAGGUUUCAUCGCCAUCCGCAUCGUCCAACUGAUCAUCGCCAUUCUCAUCGCCGGUCUCUCUGCUUACGGUGUUCACAUCUUCGCCUUUGAUGGGGACGUCUUUAUCCUCGCAGUUGCCAUUAUAACCCUCCUAUCAUCAACCUACCACCUCGUCUGCCGCUUCAGCACCCCCGGCCCAAAAGCCUACAAUUACUGGGCCGUCCUCGCCCUCGACAUUUUUGUUUUGGUGCUAUGGCUCGCCUCCUUCGCGCUGCUGGCUUCGGAGAUCAUUUGGUUCUUCACGCUUUGGACGUCUAGUUCAGAAUCGAUUCCGACUGUUGAUCCUUAUUAUGACGAUUUCACCCCUGAAGACUCAUAUGACUCUUAUGACUAUGGGGUUUUGGCUGCUGCUUUUGCUGGAGGGAAGAAGGCACUGAAUGGGAGGAGUGCGAUCAGUGGUCGUGGAUAUGAGGACGAGGUUGUGGCGACGUUGGUGGCGCCUAUUUGUGUUAUUGCUGCUGCUGCUUUGGGGGGGGUUGAGUUCAUCCUCCACCUCAUCUCCCUCAUCAUCCACUCCGUCUUCCUCCACCGCCACCGCGCCGCCGGGUUACACAGCAAACCCGUCAAAUCCUCGCCAUCCAGUGGCAGCGGCAACAGUAACACUGUCCUCUUUUCUUCUCCCGUCCCCGCUGUCACUCCCGCCGCCGCCGCCGCCGCCAUCCCCAACGUCAACGAGAAACUCCCCUACCACCACCACCAAGAAAUCGACUCAACACCGAUUCCCGUCCCUCAUCACAGCCAGAACCAGCAGUCGCCAGUCCCAAGCCCAGCGCCGGCUUACACCCCGGUAUCUAGCAGUCCGCAACAGCAACCGUACGUCCCGCAACAGCCGUACCCCCAGCAACAGCACCAACAGCACCAACAGCAACAGAGACAGUACCAAGCGUAUCAGCCACCUCAAGGGCAGGGAUCGGUUCUUCACUCACCGAUAUCACCGCAGACCACGGGAGGAACAAAUUAUACGCAGUUUCAACAGCCGCAGGCUGUGUCGCCUGUUGUUCCGACGCCGCCUGUGCCGACGUAUCGGGGGCAGGUGCCGGCGGAGUUGCAGUGAAUAGCUCGUAGACGAGGAUAGGCGAUGACGGCGGAUGUGGCUUUUCGGGGAAGGGAAAGGAAGGAAAUUCGGGGGGAACGCUGUGUUUGGAUUGGAAUAAAGCGUUGAUAGGGUUUGAUGGCGGGGGUUUUUUCUUCACUUCAGGGGAAGUUCUCUUGUCUUUUUUUGGGUUGUGGGUGGUCGGCAAGUUGGAUAUAUAACGACAGCGAUAAUAACGGGGAUAAACUCUCAGUGUGCUUGCUGAGUAACUCAUAGUUGGCGAAUAUUUCCGAUGUUUAGUUGAAGAAAUCGCGGAACUCAUGGGUUGGCCUCAGAGACCUGAUAUAUUGUAAAUGAGAGUAAAAUUCUUUUAGAACGGGUGGCUCUCAUUUCAAUACCUAGAUGUGUAAAAGUGAAGUGUUCGCUAAAUGUUCAAUGGACAUGACGCUCACAUGCAUCAAGCCUGGAGCUAUCCAACUUCCACUUACUUGCC